AUGCCCUGGCUCUGCUGGGGGAACCUGAGGCUAGCGACGGUCCCUGAGCGCGAGAUCCACAAAUACACGCCGAGAACGGGCUUCGCUGAACACUCCGCCGGUCCACGCUGGCGCAUUGACCUGCAGCCCUGGGCCUCUCCCAGCCACGCCCUGGAGGAUGAAGCCAUCAGAUUUCUCAACUACAUACAGACACCGCACGUGUCCUGUGGCCCCUCCCCGGGGCCCGGGUCGGGGCCGGAGCCGGCCGAGGGCCCCCCCGGGGCGGGGCCAGCCUGGAGGGUGUGUCUGGACGAGAGGUUCAGCCUGGUGCAUCGCGUCAGGAGCAAGCACUGCCGAGUCUACUCCCUGGGGCUGGGCAUGGUGGAUAAGCAGCUGGAGCUGGCCCUGGUGGGGGCUGGGUGUGAGGUGCACUGCUUCGACCCCAGCAUCAAGCAGGCCCACCUGCAGGACUCCCACAUCUGGCACCACCGCCUCUCCGUGGACUGGAGGGACCCCAACCCCGCCAUCCCGGCCCAGAACCAGCGCCGGAGCACCAAGAAGCUGGCCGCCAUCUUGAACGACUUCGGACACAGGAAGGAAGAAUCACCAGAAGGGGAGGAAAACCAUGGAGAAUAA